UCGGCGGAGAACGAACGGAACGAGCGGCGAGUGCGUGGCGGCGCGUCCGAUCCAGACGCGCGAGAAAAAAUUCUCGAUUCGCGCGAAAUACGUCGAGAAAGUAAUCGGGGUAUUGCUUUCAACGACGACGAGGUGUCGGUUGGAUCGCGAAAAGGUCAAACGAGAGAGCGGUUUCGAAAGAUCUCGCGAUACCGAGUGAUUCCCGAAUAUAUCCGGCAGUGCGAAAAAAUUUCGAAGUUGGUUUGUUGGUUUUGCUUCGUUUCUCGAGUGUCUCGGUUUUGGGUGUUUCGCCGAUAUCGGAAAAGUGUCGGGCACAGCGCUGAAUCGGAGCGAGGAAGAAACGGGCGAGGAUCGUCGAUAAUCGGUGAAGUUGGUCGACCCUUCCGUGUAUCGUUUCCAUGGAUUUGCGGUCCAGGCAGUGACAGUGACAGUUAUCAAACGUGAAAGUGUUUUACUUCGGAAAAGAUACAACAUAAUCUCUCUAAUAAAAAAAGAGAGGCUCCCGUAAAGGAUCUCACUCCUCUCGCCGCUCUCGGUUCUAUUCGGAGAAUAGAAUACCUGACGAGCCGUACCCUUAGAGAGCAUACCAGAUAUCUAAACGAUCGGAAUGCUACUGUGUCAGUGAAGGUUGGUGAUCGAGUGCUCUCGUAAGAAAGGGGAAGGGUUGGAAAGCGAAAGUUAAAAACUAGAACAAGUUCAGGUUCGAGUUUGCAAUUGAAAGGGGGUAGCGAAAAGAUUAAACACCGGAACGGAGAGGGUACGAUCCGGGCGAGCGAAACGGUGCGGUCUGUGUGUGCCGGUCGUGUGGCAUGAACGGUCGGAAUUAAAAAGGGGAAGAUGCUGACAAUACAGCGCUCGGACUCGUUGAGAAGGGGAGAAGGCUGCAACCCUUCCAGCACGCAUUUGCUAGACCCCGUCAUAUCCGGGGCUUCCGUCACCGUGUGGAAGCCCGCCGAAAGAAGCGUCUCCUUCAAUCGAGACGUCCACGUGAAGAGGAUCGGACACGGUGCUCCAUGUAUAACGGCAACAUAUAACACGCAACAACCCAGCAAAUUAAGCAGCCUGCCGGGGCGUCAUAAGAAGCGGCCGGAAUUGCCGCUCGAUGUAAAGCUCGGCGGCGGCGAGGAGACCGACGUAGCGGCAAAUCUCGGAACGUCAGUGACUAAAAAGAAACCUUUGCAAAGGAGCGCCAGCGAUGGGAGCUCAAAGAAAUUAAAGAAGGGCUCGCUCGCGCGACUUUUUUCGCCAAAAUCAGAGAAGCGGCGCAAACCGGUGAACCGUAGCGCGAGUGACGCCGGCCCCUGCAUGCAAGCGCGCUUGCAGCGCAAACGAAGCGGCAGCGAGAGUGACGCUUCCCACCUGAGCUCCACUUGCGCGAAGAAACCUCUAUCACCGAUUAUCGAGGCGUCCCCGCAGACCGAUCAACAACAACCGUUUCAUUUCAACGUCGCGGACAAUAAUCGUCCACGGACUAAGAAAUCGAAACAAAAGCAGGAGGAGAAGGUGAAUCCGACCGAUGUCGACGCGGUGACAUCGGACGUUGUCGCAACGGAGGCGACUGAGAAAAUUCGCACCGUUGACGAGCUAGCUGGCAGAUCGUCAGUCGAGGAAGAAGAAAGCGAGGUGGUGAAACAUCGUAUAUUCAUCGAGGACGGAGUAUUUUUCGAGGUCGAGGAGAAUCACGAGAAGGAAGAGGAGGGGAAAGAGCAGGAAACGGUCGGCGCUCCUCCACCGGCGGAAGAGUCCGCGAAACGCGGAAACGACGAAGCGGACGGCGAGAAUAGCAUGCUGCGUAACAGCCGAUGUGAACAAUCCACCAUUCGCAAAAUGAUCCAUCGGCUUUCCGACGAUCGAUCGCCGCCGCCGCAGCUGACGAGGACCAUGGUAUCGCCGUCGCCAGCAUUUACUCACAAUAGCAAUCGGCCAUUCUCUUACACCAGGCCGAACGACUCGAACAGCCAGACGCCGGUGCAGACGACUAUUAUUUAUGCACAGAUACAACAAGAUAAGAAAAAAUCGCAAAGAAGCUACUCCGACAGCGACGAAGGCCUCGGCCUCGACAGGAAGGAGUCGUCGCGCGAGAACAGUCCAGCCGAGAAAGAGUACCGUAGAACUGACUAUUCAUACAACAGUGACUUGCGCCGUAACAAGAUCAAUAGCUGCAAGUCGAGGUACGUGGAAGAACGUCGCGAGGAUGAGCUAUUCGGCAAGCAGAAGGACUCGAGCAACGAGGCGAGGAAGCAUGACGAUUUCGAGGAAAUUGAUAAACAGCUGUACGACAAGCCCGAGAAGCACAGCUCAACCGUGGACACUUCCGGGCGCGGUCGGGCCGACGGCAUGGACGCUCGUCGGCGGGACAGCGGGGAGAGACCGGGCGAAACCGGAAUUUCAAAUAAGACGUCCGAGCUGAGCGCCCGGCGCGAUCUGCUGGAGUCCAGGAUCAAAUCCAGACUGCUGGCCGAUGAGAUGUUCGCCGCCAAGAGCAACUCGGCGAACGUACUGGGGAAGAAGUCCGGGCACGAGAUCAUCGACAAGCCGAUCGUGCCGUCGCCGGUCACGCCGAGCCGGGUCGCGUCGCCGAAGCGAUACACGGACACGUACAUCACGGAGACGCGCAUCAACAGCAACGGCGAGAGAUCUGUCUUCGAGAAGAAAAUACGUGAUAAUAAUGGUAAAGUUUAUGGAUAUGAGAAGAAAAUAACGAAUGUCCCGACAAACGGCUCCCUUCAGACUUCAAAGCCGCGCAGCGGCUAUACCGUACAAACGAAAACGAAUAAAUACGGCGAUAAAUACAUCAUAGAAACGCAGAGACACGAAGGAUGCGUGGACGAUCUCAAGCCGGUGUUCAGCGACCGAAACAGGCAGGAGGACCGGUUCCUCGUCCCGAGGGACCCUAGAAAUUCUUACAAGUCCUCGCAAUAUCUACACGAAGAGAGCAAUCAGCGCGGCGACUACGAUGAGCUCUCGUCGCCGAUCAUCGCGAAGAAAUUGAACGAACGGAAAUUUUCCAAGAGCGAGAACUUUCUGGACCGCGAGAGCCAACCGUUCGACCGGCAGGCGUAUUAUUAUACGAAACCGAGGAAAAAUUACGAAUCGAUCCGCGGCAUGAGCAAGUCGACGCAACGGCUCGACGAGGUCGGCGAGAACAACGAGCCCUGGGGUCGCGCGUUUAGAAACAAGUAUACUACAAGAUCGCACGAGAACUUGAGCAGCAUACACGGAGAAUACGUGAACGCGCGCGACAUGAGGCGUCGUUCGUUCUUGAACAGCCCGGGCAGAGAGAAAGCGUCGUACACGAUGCGUCAUUUGGAUUGUUUGCGCGAGGGCUCGAAUGAUGAAUACGACACUGACAUCUCGCAUGCUACGAACAAUCAAUUGGAAACAAAAUAUCACAAAGAGACGCGCACGAUGCACAGGUACAGUAGUAAAAAAUAUGACGAUUACGACAGCUCGCCGCCGCGAAUACGGCCCGACCGCGGCGGCGGUUACAGUUCGAGCCGAUAUGACUCCGAUACCACCACGCGGGAUUCGACGCAAUAUGAAAAUCGAUAUAAUGAGAUUUCCCACGCGUACUUGCACAAAGAACACGACAGGAAGAACGAGGAAGACACGAAGAAGAAACGGUCGCGUAAUCGAUUGAAUUAUUUGGACGACUCGAACGUUUCGCGCGGUGAUGUAUCUCCGGGCCAAAUGGAGACCUUCCAAGUUCCGAUACGACCACCUCGAGCUUAUCAUCACGACAAGUCCCAACACGGCAGGCAGGAGAUGCGAGGCCACAUCGAGCGCCGUUAUCGGGAGAACCGAUUCACCGAUCCCGACCGAAAGGAUCGGCUGGCUGAUUCUGGAAUUGAGAAUGACUUUCGCCGAGAUUCCCAGGACGUCGAUAAGCGCGAACCAUUUGAAUCCGAAGACGAGAGCCUGAUCAGCCGGCAAUUUAUCAAAUAUGAAAAACGACAUACCGAUUAUACGAUGAAUCUCACGCCUUCGGAAUAUCAAAAAUAUGAGAAAUAUUCAAAUGACUCGGACAAGCAGCCUCUAACAGCGAAGCCGCCUUCCGGCACGGAUAAAAAAUAUGAGAAGACCGCGAAGAAGAGUGGUACGAUGAAUAAAAUGAAGCAAUUUUUCAGCAAGAAAGAGAAAAAGUCGAAGGAAGAUAAAAGCAAGAAGAACACGAGGAACAGCGGCGUCGAUGACGAGGUAACGACGAGGUAUCGGGAGUAUCGCGGCGAUCAGCUCAGGGGGACGAAGACCUCGAGAGAUUUGGUCGACUUCAAUCCGCUGGUGGAUAAAAAGCCGAGAAUACCCGAGAGCGAGAUCCUGACGACCGGCACUGAGGAUGAGGAAGCUUCCUCCGCGCCCGAACGAGUUUCCGUGCAAAAGAAUCUCCGCUUCUUCGGUGAUACAGAUCAGGAGUCCGUCUCGUCCAACAGAGAACGCCGAUACCAGAGACCAGUACCAGAGACCAGGAGCAAAUCCGCCGACAAUCAUGCGUCUUCGAGGCGUGAUGCCACGGGUCGGCAUGAUUUGAGUAUUACGUCAAUGAGGAAAUCCUCAAGGCUCGCCGAGAGCGCAUUGUCCUCGGGCGAGAGCACGACGGGCGACAGUAGUCAGCGGAGCCAAAAUUCACAAAGAUCACUGCGAUCUGUUGUAUAUCUCCACGCUGCUACAGUCGGAGAAAUACCGGGUCCGAACGAACAACGCAGGGCGGCGAGUCGCGAAGAGUUUUCUCGACCGUUGCAACCACACACGAGAACAGUGUCGAGAAGCGUGAGCGUCCUUGCGCCGUGGAAGCCACGACACUAUAGAGAACCAUUCGAAAUCAACUACGAUCAGCAGCAGCAGUACACGAAAUCGACCACGAGACGCAGACAACGGAGUCACGAGACCCUCAAUCGCCGAGGAAAGGAAGCUCGGCGUAAUAAGGACAAAGACGUCUCAAAAACAGGUACCAUGAGCCGUAAACCGGAGGAGAAGAAUAAAAGUCUAUCGACCAACUCACUCAUUACAACGCCACACGCCACCAAGGCCUCCAAGCAGCUUAAUAAAUCCACAUCUUUACCGCGCAAUACGAAUAAAGGCGCAGGAUGGUUAAAUAUAAAAAGUAAAAUAUCCCGCGCCUAAAUUAGGCGGCCAUUUAUGCUAGUCUUUUAAGGGGGUUUUCUGGUUUUGAGAGGCGAAUUCAGGCAUAUUUUUAGGAAUUUUUUUAUGCAUAAAAAUUAAGACUCCCUUUAUGUUCCUGGAAUAGCUGAUUAAAGUCGCUACAUAAUGCACAAUUUAAUGUAUACUCAUAUAUAAUCUUUUUGUCCUUCAACCUUACGCCAUCUUGAGAUACUAAACAUCAAGCAUAUAAGGCUAGGUCUACAAUAGUGUUUUAAGCUUUAGUGUUUUAAGUCUUAAGAAAUUGACAAAUCACAAUAGAUUAUUCUUUUAUAAUUCGAUUGUGAUUGGUCUUUUAGUCCUAGCUUACAAUAAUGUCAAAAAUAAAUACAUAAAUUUAAUACAUUUAUUUAAUACAUAAAGUCAAAAAUAAAUAUAUAAAUAGAUGUUUUAAGCCUUAAACCUUAAGAAAUACUCGAGGUUUAAGGCUUAAAACGUCUAUUUAUGUAUUUAUUUUUGACAUUAGUAGCCUUAUGUGUCUUGAUGUUUAGUAUAUCAAGAUGGCAUAAAGUUGAAGGACAGAAAGAUUAUAUAUGAGUACACAUUAAAUUGCGCGUUAUGUAGCGACUUUAAUCAGCUAUUCCAGGAACAUAAAGGGAUUCUCUUUAUGUUCCUGGAAUAGCUGAUUUAAGUCGCUGUAUAACGCACAAU